AUGGACAGCUCUUGGCUUAAUGAUGCCAAAGCUGAGUCUGGGAACCCCAGCCCUCAAGGAUGGCCCGGUCCAUGGGGAAACCCACCUGCUGGGGCAGGAGGCUACCCAGGAGCUGCCUAUCCUGGGACUUACCCCGGGCAGGCACCUCCUGCUGCCUACCCCGGGCUGACACCUCCUCAUGUCUACCCCGGGCAGACACCUCCUGCCUCCUACCCCGGGCAGACACCUCCUGCCUCCUACCCCGGGCAGACACCUCCUACUGCCUACCCCGGGCAGACACCUCCUACUGCCUACCCCGGGCAGACACCUCCUGCCUCCUACCCUGGACAGACACCUCCUACUGCCUACCCCUGGCAGACACCUCCUACUGCCUACCCCGGGCAGACACCUCCUGCUGCCUACCCCGGACAGACACCUCCUGCCUCCUACUCUGGACAGACUAUGCCUUAUGAAAAUGUUUUCCCUGAAGGACUCAUGCCCCACAUGCUGAUAACAGUGUUGGGUAUAGUGAAUCUCAAUGCAAAGAGUUUUGUUUUAGAUUUCAAGACAAGGAAUGAUAUCGCCUUCCACUUUAACCCACGUUUCAACAACAAAGUCAUUGUUUGCAAUACACACAUAAAUGGAUGGGGACAAGAAGAAAGAACGGCGACUUUCCCAUUUGAAGCUGGUAAACCAUUCAAAAUACUAGUACUGGUUGAAUCCCAGCACUUCAAGGUCGCAGUCAAUGAUAAUCACUUGUUGAUGUACAAUCACCGGAUGAAAAAUCUCAAGGAUAUCAAAAAAUUGGUAGUUUCUGGUGACAUCAGUCUCACUUCUGUUUCACACACCGACGUAACCUUAAUGCAGCAAUCUUUUAAAAAUUAA